AUGGGAGACUCCCACCCACUGGCCGGCCAUCCAUGCUCGCGCCUAGAGUGCCUCCCCGUCGAAAUCCUCCAGUUGAUCUUCCUAUACAGCCUGGAGAUCAACCUUCCCCGCGCCUCACCAUACCUCAGCCGCGCCCUCUCCAAUCCACUCCUAUACACAUGGUUGAUCCGCCUAGCAUUCAGCAGCACCAACCCGGGCUCCCGAGAAGGGUUCUUCACGCCAGACUUCCUGCCUCCACCUCUAGACUUCUGGUCCCUACCCUGGCAACAGCGCCAACACCUUCAAACCACCAUCCUAGCCUGCAAAUGGUGUACAUUACCACUCCUCCGCCGGUGUCAACGCGAAUACGUGAAUCACGCCAUAAAACGCAAAUGCUCCGAAUUAGUCUUCACCCCAGAAGACCAAGCCCGUCUCAACAAUCUAGACAAAUACUUCUCCGAUCUCAAUCAAUGUGACCAAGCCAUCGACGGCCGCCGUGGAAAAGGCGACCUCGUCAUACCCGCCACCCUCCCAAACUCCAAACCCCGCAAACUCGCAAUAUGGUUUCAUUUCGGCGCCAUCCAGAUCCGCGAACAAAAUGACAUCUACUUCGAAGCAGACCUCUUCCGUCUCCCGAGCUCCGUGGUCAUCGGUCCAGGCCGGAUCCCCGAUAAAGUAUUUCGCGCACCGUGGUCGGAAUCCCAAUUCGAGUUUCUGCAACUGCUGGCUGGAGAUUUCUAUCUGGAUGACGAGUUCUCUACGGAUCGCUCAGCGAGGAUUACGACGCGAUUGAUUCGACGACGGAGUAUUGGGCCGUUUAAGAGGCUGUUGGGGAUGUAUUUCCGUGCUGCGAAUUGUAGGGUUCCGGUUCGUUGGCCGUUACAGGAUAAGCACUAUACACAGGUUAGGAGGUAUGGGAGUGGGGCUGGGGAUGAGUUUGUGAGCUUUAUUCUUGAUAAACGGUGGGAUGAGAUUCCUGUGAGUGAGAAGGUGGAGUUGGUACAGUAUAUUGAGGCUGAGAAUGGAUGUAAGGGGUUGAGUGCUGAGUACUGA